AUGGCCUACCGUCAGCAGACCAAUGCCCUUGGCCUGUCCGACGACGAGACGAAAGCCCUUGAACAGACCCGUCAGCGCCUCUACCAACUCACCAACAGCAUACAAAGCUUCAAGGCCGACGUCGCCAAGAGCAACCCCCUUCCCCCGCAAUCCUCGCUACAGGCCCAAUACCAGAUUUUGCUCCGAAACCUCCAGUCCCUUCUCGACAUUGUGAACGAGAAUGCUGUCCCCUUCGCCCACACCUCGGUCCACCCGGCUGUCAAUUUUCCCGGCCGGACACAGGAGAAUAUCCUACUGACCCUCCUCCGCAAAAAGCGCGAGCCGGACGUGGAGGAGCGCGUCGAGCGCGGCCUUGAAACAGCGCGGGAUGUGCGCGCCGCUGUGGCGGCGGACGGCAAGGACGGCAUCACGCGGCUCGAGGAGGUGUGGAAAGAGCUGCGAGCCUGGACACAGGAACGCGUGGCGCGGUACGUUAUUGAGGAGGCGGGCGACGUCUACACGCGCGAGGAGCGCGAGGACGGCAUCGAGAACGUGCGCAGCGGUCUCAAGAGGCCGUUGGAGGAGCCCGAUGAGAGCGACGACGAGGACGGCGACGACUGCACGAAAACGAGGACGAGGACGUCGUUAUGGCCGACGGGCCGCAGCCGGGGCCCCCGCACCCGGACAAGGUGCCCGGGCCCAGAAACCUGA